AUGCACCUCGAAGUGCUACGCACUCCCAGCGUGCCCAGCGACGCAUGGGCCUCGGUGGAGUGCAGCGAGCCAGCGAGUGCCGCAAUGGCUGCCAGACUUUUUGAGGAACUGUCGCAUCAACAAGUUCAGGCCCAUGUGACGAGAUUCAACCGCAUGAUGCAACUCGUCGACCCUUCCUGUUGGCGCUUGACCGUGAACAUGCUGGAGGUGAUGUCAACUUGGGGACUGCAGCCAGACGUUUACAGCCAUAGCAUUGCAACACGCGCGGCGCGGAAUGCGGGUGGCCACAGAGGGUGGCUUUUGUCAUUGGCAUUCUUAAGCUCCACCAGCACAGCAGCAGUGAAUAGCAGCCUCUCCGCGUUCGCACGCUUCCACAAGUGGGAAUGGAGCAUCAAUGGUGCUGAAGGACUACGGAGCCAGCAGCUACAGCCAGAUACGAUCACAUACACCACGACGAUGGGCGGCCGCGUAGAGUGGCCGCGAGCGCUCAACAUGCUGACUUGCAUGAAGAGGCAAGAGAGCAUGCCGAAUUUGAUCACCUACAACGCCUUUUGUAGCAGUGCAACAGGCGGUGGCUGGCAUUUCGCUUGGCUGACCAUGGAGCACUUGAAGCACCAAGGCUUUGAGGCAGAUGCCUACAGCAUCAGCAGCACCAUCAGUGCCGGGCGAAACGCGGAGGAACCGGAGGCCUCCGCGGAGGCCGCGGAAACGCGCUGGCGCCAGGGUCUCGUGCUGGCUGAAGUGGCCAGGAGCAUUCCUGCUUGCAAUGCUUUGCUAGCCGCUUGCGCUUCGCAUUAUUUGUGGAGGAUUUCCAUGGACGUGGUGACAUCAAUGUUAACAGGGACAUUAAGCCCAUCGACCAUGACCUUUGGCGCUUCAAUGCUUACGUUCGAAUGA